CCAACCUGCUCAUCUCUCAGCUGGACAGUAAGGGCCGUUCACACCACACACUGACAACAUGCUGGGGACACUCUGCACUCUCAUCGCUGUGCUCUCAUGUGUCAGUGGGCAGAAGGUUUUGACACAGAAACCCUCAAUGCUGAGUCUGACAAAAGGACAGAAGGCCACUUUGGACUGUAAUAUUGCCCGAGAUGAAGCUUAUGUUUCUUGGUACAAGCAGGUUCCAGGCAGUGCUCCACAGUAUAUACUGUAUUUCUACUACUCUGAGAGCUCUCCUACAUAUGGAGCUGGUUUCUCCUCCACCCGCUUCACCUCCACCACCCAGAGUAACACAGACUAUCAGUUAAUAAUUAGCAAUGUGGAGGCAGGAGACUCAGCAGUGUAUUACUGUGGGACAUGGGACAGCACAGACAGAAGGCCGGUAUUCGGCCAAGGCACUAAACUGAUUAUCACGGACUCUUCUCUUGCUGCGCCUACACUCUCUCUCCUGCCUCCGUCCAGCGAGGAUCUGAAGACAGGAAAAUCCACACUGGUGUGCCUGGCGCAGAUGUCUGUUGGAUUCGCUGAUGUCAGUUGGACAUCGGACGGGAAAGCCGUUACUGGCGGCAUUUUUACAAGCGCCACCGAACAGAAAUCCGACAAAAACUUCGGUUUGAGCAGUUUCUUAACCGUCAUGACUUCCGAAUGGAUUAGUGACAGCGUUUAUGCUUGUAAAGUAUCGGUCGGGUCUAAAACGUCAGAGAAAACUAUCAAGAAAUCAGACUGCCGCAAGUAAACUGUAG